CCCUCUCAUCCUCACGUCAGUUUAUACUUCUCUUCGUGCCGCCCAGCAGCUCCUGGUCUAAUAGAUAGUACCAGCCUAGUUCGUGAUUCCCCGUGUCUCGUUUUCACUCCAUACCUCGCAGAAAACGGAGGUGGCGGCGGUGUAGGAAAGGGAGAACGAGAGAGAGAAAUAAGAAGGAAGUGCAAAGAUGGUGCUUAUGUAAGGAGUGAAGGAAGACAGGAGGAGACGGAAGAGAAGUGUGUGUGUGAUGCGGUGUCUUUCGCUAUCAUGUGUCUGAAGGUGCAGGAAGUGUCUCCAGAGCUCACCUGUUGCUGGGUUUAAUUAGACAAAGGGCGUGGCGUGGGUGUGGCGGUGAGGCGGUGAGGCUUGAAAGGCGGCAGCAGCAGUGACCAACCACCACGAAGUACAGGAGCUGCGGUGAUGGAUGAGUCUGAGACCGCCAUCGUCGCCACCUCGCACAUCGCAGAUCGCCCCCCUUUUUGGCUGAAGAAGCUGCUAACAGGUUUUCAAAGGUCGUGGAAUGGGGGCCAUGAACUACCCAUCUACCACUCAGGCUUUGUUCGCACUCAUCGUAAUGAUCAUUGUGCUGUUGUUCAUCCUGGUGUACUGCUGCUGGGGAACCUUCACGUGUGCCCGCCAGGACGAUGCUGCUGCCCCUUCGACUGAGGAAGGAGGGGGAGGGUCCAACACUCAUCAAAAUGUUCGCCAGAUUCUUCAUGGGCCACACACAGUCAUUGUGCCCAUCAACAACAUGAUUUAUGUUGGAGAUCCUGAGACGCAUCAGAUAUACCAGAUUCCAAUGGACCGUGAUAAGCCCCCUGCUUAUACUGAGGUAUUCCGUGCAGGCCCUCCACCACCCUACAGACCAGACACCACUGCUUCAGAUUCUAGCAGCACUACCACAGGAAACAGAGAACAGGAGGACACCAGAACAGUGCUGCCUGAAAACCCUCCAGCCUAUGAUGACUGUCUAUCAGCUACAACAGAAGAGUUUGGAGGUGAGCAGAGCAGGGAUGCAGCCUCAGUUCCUCCUGAGCAGCAGCAGCUGCAGCAACAGGAAGAUACACCAGCAUCUGAAACUCCUACUGACACCACCACCCCUGCUGUCGCAGAGUCCCCACCACUUACAGUAGACGAGUCAGUUCAAGAAGUACAGGAAGCAUCAAGAGCUUCAAGACCAGACUUGGUCCUCACAGUGAGUACUUUACCACAAGGGUCUUUGCAACCUGCUGAGGAAGGGCCUCACAAUGCCUCUGAUUAACCUCAAAGGGGCCACUGAAAAAAAUUCAGACCAUUUUUUGUUGUGCCUUUUUUAAUGUCCUGAUGAGUGCCCAGCUUAUAAAAGUGUAUCCAGGAGUUAGCAGAGGAGAUGAGGGGAGUUGUUAAAAGAACACUAGUCUACCUACAUUUUGAUGAGGUGGUUCUCUAGAAUUUGAAUGUUUGAACAGGGUAAUGUUCUGCACACAAAUUCUCCAGACUUCUUGUUUGCCCUCUGCAUCACUGUCAGGAGACACAAGGAAUCCAAUGGAGAAACUCAGCGAAAUCUUCAGUAUUGUUCUGUUCUAUACUUAGUUCAAACUAUACAUGACUCUGCCUUGUAGUGACUCAAGUGCUUCCUCUUAUCUUUUUUUUUUUUUCUAAAGUUGUUCUUUCAGUUCUCUCUCUCUCUCUCUCUUGGUCAUCUUUUUGUAACCACCAUAAUGUCACCUUUCUUGGUGACAUGGCUGCAUCUCCACAAUAAACAAAUCUCCACCAUAAUAUUUUCUACAUAACAGUAGUGCAUGACUUGCCCUCUCAGGAUGUUAUGCAAACAAUCAAGUAUGUGUGAAAAUGUCUUUUUUUUUUUUUUUUUUUUUUUUUUUUAUGUGGCUGUGACUUCUGCUUACCAUAAGACAGAAUGAGCAAAGGUGUAACGUGUUCCUGGCGUGUAGCUUUAGUUUUGUAUGUGGCCCAUGCAUGGGUCUGUGGGAUCUCAUGCCACCACUGUGAUGGCUAGUCCAACUCUGCUCACGUACAGUAUAAGAUAAGCUAACCAAAGUCAUGAAUAUGUGGUUAUUAUCUCUGGGGUGAGGGGAAUGCAUCUAUAAACUCAUGAAUACUUCAAGAAUAACAUUUUUAUGUUCAGAUGAUCUAGGAAAGUUGUACCUUUUGUACCUGUGAUUAGAAUCUCCAAUAUAUAGUUCAGUUUUUCCAAUAACAAACUUGUUAUUCUUGAGGAACUUAUGUUAAACUUUUGUUAUGAAUAGAUAUGUAAAUAUAUGUAUGUAUCUUGUAUUGGUCGGUCAAAUGAUUAAAGAUGGUGUUUGUUUA